GUCAGCCGGGACUGUGCUCAUUGAGGGAAACUUUAUUUUUUAACUGUGCUAUGGAAUAGAAGCAGGAGGAUUUUCAACCAAGUGACAGUCACAGAGCAGAAAUCGGCCCCCCUCCUCCUUUCCCCACCUGCAAACUCUUUUGCUGGGGCUGACUAUUUAGUUUAAUUACAUCUCAGCUUUGAGAGCUCCCUGUUGCAAAUCCCUGGAUUAAAAGAGUCACCGGUUCUGAAUAGAUGAACUAAAUCAUGAAGGCAACUAUCUUCCUCCUUCUGCUUGCACCAGUUUCCUGGGCCAAACCAUUUCACCAAGUCGGCCUGUUUGAUUUUAUGCUGGAAGAUGAGGCCUCUGGCCUAGGCCCAACUGGCCCUCCGGAAUUAGAGCCAUUUGGACCCAUCUGCCCCUUCCGCUGUCAGUGCCAUCUUCGAGUUAUCCAGUGUUCCGAUCUAGGUCUGGACAAAGUGCCAAAGGAUCUUCCUCCUGACACAACUCUGUUGGAUUUACAGAACAACAAAAUCACCGAAAUAAGAGAUGGGGACUUUAAGAACCUGAAAGACCUUCAUGCUUUGAUCCUAGUUAACAACAAAAUUAGCAAAAUUAGCCCAGCUGCCUUCGCUCCACUGGGGAAAUUGGAGAGACUUUACCUGUCCAAGAAUCAGCUGAAGGAACUUCCAGAAAACAUGCCUAAAUCCCUCCAGGAACUGCGUGCUCAUGAGAAUGAGAUCACCAAAGUGAAAAAAUCGGUGUUUAAUGGAUUGAACCAUAUGAUUGUCAUAGAACUCGGAACUAACCCCCUAAAGAGUGUUGGUAUAGAAAAUGGAGCCUUUCAAGGAAUGAGGAAGCUCUCCUAUAUUCGUAUUGCAGAUACCAAUAUUACUACCGUUCCUCAAGGUCUUCCUAGUUCUCUCACUGAACUCCAUCUUGAUGGCAACAAAAUCACUAAACUGGACUCAGCGUCUCUGAAAGGACUGAACAACUUGGCUAAAUUGGGCCUGAGUUUCAACAAGAUUUCUUUGGUUGAUAAUGGAUCUCUGGCUAACACUCCCCAUUUGAGAGAACUUCACCUGGACAAUAACAAGCUCCUCCGUGUGCCUGGGGGCCUGGCUGAACACAAAUAUAUUCAGGUGGUCUACCUUCAUAACAACAAUAUUUCUGUUGUGGGAUCGAACGACUUUUGCCCUCCAGGAUACAACACCAAAAAAGCUUCUUACUCAGGUGUAAGUCUCUUUAGCAAUCCAGUGCAACACUGGGAAAUCCUGCCAUCUACUUUCCGGUGUGUCUACGAACGCUCGGCCAUCCAGCUUGGAAAUUUCAAGUAAAUCUAGAGGAAGCUUAAUUGUUCAACAGCUAGGAAUAACUGUUGUUCAAUGCCUGUUCAUGUCAUUGCUAAACAAAAUAAAAUUCAGAAAACCUAACUUUAAGGUGGGUGUUAUCCACUGAUAUACAACAGAGUUCACUAUGCAUGACAUUGAAUGCCUAGAGUAAAAAAAAAAUAUAUUUUUGCCUCAUUUUGCCUGUGUUAUCAGCAUACUUUAUGAAACAUUUUCAAUUUAACAAUCUGAUUUCUACAUUCAAUUGUGUAUGAGAUUAGGGAUAACUAUUUGUCAAACAUUCAGUAAUGAUAAUGAUAUUUUUUAAAAAUCAACACACUUAGGAGUGAUCAAAUGAAAAAAAUAGGAGUUCCUAAUGUCCUAAGGGCAGAAUCAACACUUAAUUUGAAUCCAGACCAAGGAAGUUAAAAACAAAAUCUGUUCAUAUAUUUAAAGUCUAAUCUUGAAUGUAUCCAUUUAGCACAGAAAAUAGAAAAGUUUCGCUGUUGUCAUUAUUUUGAUAAAAAUAAACUCAUAACGUAGUCACUUUCAAA